GUAUCGUGUAAAUAACUGCUAAUGUUACGUUAACAUGUACGGACACCUAUUCAGCCUGCUGUUCUGUGCUAUUGUUUAGUUGAAUAUCUUGCCUUUCCAGAUUAAAUGUCUGUUCUACGGCUUGGAUUUUGUGAAAUCAUUUUCUAAAUAAACGUGAUGUAUAGUCCAGUGCGACUUUUUGACUGAUGCGACUUAUACUCCGGAGCGACUUAUAUCCGGAAAAUACGUCACUUGACCAAAUUAUUCAUGGUGAGUCUUGUGCCUGCCCAGUGAAAUCCAACCCAAUCUUCUUCAUUGGAUCCCCAUCUACAGCACACAAUAAACUGAAAGAUCUCAUAGAUCCUCACCAGCAGCAGUGUGCGCACGAGGCACAGCACGUCUCCAGUCUCACUCCACAGACUCCGCGCUAGUUUGAAUAGAUCACAAUCCGCGCAGCCAAGGAAACCCAGCAAAAACUUUGCCUUCAAAUCCCCGGGCCGUCCGGGUGGGGUUGAGACGCAAACAAAAGCACUCUUCUUAAAAAAAGAAAGAGUACCAGCUGCAAACUAAUUUAGUUCAGAUACAAACUGAAGAAGAUAAACGGAACCGAUCGGAGUCUCCACGUUUUAACGCAAAACUUUUUCUGGUCUCAUUGAAUGCGGAUCGAGCAUCACAAGAUGGAAAUAAUGUGGACAAUCAUUCUACUGGGUGUCCUCCUUCAUGGCACACAAUCCGAUCCUGCUGCACCAACCACGCAAACUGUUUCUACUAACCCAACCACGCAAAUCACAACUAUUGAACUAACCACGCAAACCACAAUUACUGAAACAAUCACGCAAACCCCAACUUCUAAACCAAUCACGGAAAACCCGACUACUAAACAAACCUUGCAAACCACAACUGCUGAACUAAGCACGCAAACCACAGCUACUGAACUAACCACAAAAACCAAAACUAUUGAACCAACCACGCAAACCACAGCUACUGAACUAACCACGAACACCCCAACUACCGCACCAAUCAUGCAAACAUCAACUACUGAACUAAACACGCAAACAUCAACUACUGAACUAAACAUGCAAACAUCAAAUACUGAACUAAACACGCAAACACCAACUACUAAACUAAUCACAAAAAACAAAACUAAUGAACCAACCACGCAAACCCCAACUACUAAACUAACCACGGAAAACAAAACUACUGAAUCGCUCCCGCAAUCCAAUUUUGAUGAACUAAACACACAGACCACAUCUACUCAACCAUCCACGCAAACUAAUUCUGCUGUUUCAAUCCUGCAAGCCAGUUCUCCUGAUUCCAAUACAGCAAGGCAUAACACCAGUGUAGGUCCUAAACCAUUCAACCCUACAGCAACACAUUCUACAGUUUCUCCAAGUCAACAAACAGACCCACGUCAAGCUGAAAAAUUCAAAGAAAUUACAAAAGGCCUGAAAGAAACCUGCAACAUGAUUCUUCAGAAAAACACAGGCAAUUGCUCAGUGAACCAACAGGGCAAUACAUUUACUGUAAUAGUAACAGUGGACGAAUUACAAGAUCAUCCCAACAAACCCCCUACAAACACAGAACAGAAGGAUGAAAAAAAGGAUGAGACAAUACCAGACACAUUAAUCAUCAUUCUGGCUUCAUGUGGCGCAUUGGUGCUUAUCCUGUGCUGUUUCGCUGCUUACUGCACAUAUCAUCGCAGAUCUUACAGAAAGAACCAGCAACACCUGACGGAAGAGCUACAGACGGUGGAGAACGGUUACCAUGACAACCCCACGCUGGAGGUGAUGGAGGUACAACCGGAGAUGCAAGAGAAGAAACCGCCAUUGAAUGGGGAGUUCAAUGACAGUUGGAUCGUCCCCAUAGACAAUCUGCUGAAAGAGGACAUGGUAGAUGAAGAAGACACCCACUUGUAAAGACACCGCAUGAGCUGUUUUUACAACCAGAAUGUGAGGAAAGCAUAGAUUGCUGAAUAAGGACUAUUAAAAAGGCCAUGGUGCCUUGAUGUAUAUGCUGUAAUUAAGUAGUUAUAGGUCAAACGCGCUAUAGCGACAGUGAAAAUAUUUACAUUGGGCACAUUGUGUGCCGCAUCUACGGAACAGGAAAAUUCAGACUUCCGUACAUGGAUCAAAGCACAGUCUGUGGCUUUUUUUUUAAAGUAAGUGCCUUACUUUAUGUGUUUAUCGCACUCAGAUAGGAUUGCAAAGGAGUGAAAAGUUUCCGGUAAAUUUCCAAAACUUCCCAUGGGAACUGAAUCUGGGGAAUUUUGGAAAUAUUCCAAAUUGGAAACUUAACUGGAAUUUAUGGGAAUUAUUUGGAAAUUUAUAUAAACUAUAUCAUAUACAAACAUAAAUAAACAUUUUAUUUGGUCAUAAGCAGACAAGCAUGCAAGGUCAUACAGAUUUUUUUUCCCAUAGAAAGUUUCCAGCCUUGAAUAUUCCCAGAAUUUUGCAACCCUAAGCUCACACAGUGAGCAUUCUUGUAGACUAGUAAAGAAAUCUCUUAAGAAAUGCUCAUAAAAACUCGUAUUAUUACGUAUUUUAUGAGGUCACUAAUUCAUAUAAAUUCAUAUGACCACACUCAUACAUUUUUGUAUGAUUUGCUUUCGCCCCAUGACGUUGGGUUAGCGGCAAGGUUUAAUAUUGCUAUUUAUGAUAAUCAUACGUUUUUGUAUAAUUCACUUCGUACAAAUUCAUACCAAUUCAUCAGACUAUAACAACUCACUUAUAUACACCACACAAACAGUAGCACAAAUUAUACGUAGGGUAAAAUAUUUUUUUUGCAAUAUUAUUACUGAUAUUUUUAUUAUUGAAUGCAGUAAGAAUGAUAUGGUUUGAAUUGAUAUUGCAUGGGACUUUGUUGACGAUUUUCUUUUUUAAAUCAAAGCUCAUUUGUGAUUUUCUAGUCACUGGCAAGUUUUGGUUUCACAGAAAAUUCACAAUUAAAAUUGAAUUCGUCUCACGUAUAGAUAUAAUUUUAAGUAUCAUGAUGCACAUCUUCAGUAUGUGAAUACUUCAGUGAUGUACAUACAUUUUUUAUACUUCCUAGAUAUAAUUAACACUAGACAAACAACACUGUGACCAAUGGAUAAAUCAUCCUGGUAAACUACAGGCAAUAUACGGAUAUACAGAAUAACCUGUAAAUACUCUUUAGUAUUGUAACCCGAGGUGUAUACUGUUCAAUAUGUUGAACAGUGGAGGCGCACAAUGGUGAAAGUGUUUAGAGACAAAACCCUAUUUUAUGUACAGAUGAUUUUUGCAUUAUUUGAGUGGUUACAGUUUUGUUAACUGAAACACCAAACUUAAACUGAUUUACUUUACCCGUGAAUCUUGAUGUCUUUUCUCUUUGUGUAGGAGUUUUAUUUAUGUUAUUGAUUUCAGUAAACAUUAAAUGUUUUAUGUAUUUGCAUGCACCACACCAAUUCUGAUGGGGCCUCAUUUUAACUGAUCUAUAUUCACCAAAGUAUUUUGUUUGAUUUGUUUAAGCUAUAUCCUAUAUUUUAAGUCAGUUUGCUCAUGUGUGCAAACGACAGGGGUCUGAUACACUGGAAGCCGCAUCUCUGUCACAUAUUUCUGUUCUGGGGGCGGCCAUGAAUUUAAAUAAAAAUAAAAGUUGUGAUUUUUUUA